AUGGUAGCUAUUGUCGACAAGAUAAAUGGAAAUCGUAGCCACGUUAGUCACCUUAGUGGCGGUGGCAAUUCAAUAAAACAAGACGAUAAUCACCAAACAGCACGAAUCAUACAAUGGCUUGGCGGUGAACGAGCAGUUGAUGUACCAGCUGAAUUCGAUGUUCAAUCUCCACUCAAAGAAGAUUGUAUUGACCAUCAUAUCGUUGCAUCGAAAGUAGAAUGCAUCGAAUUACUUCGACUCAAACCAAUCAAUAAACAAGUAACUACUACUACAUUUGAACGAGGCUCUUUACUCCGUCAAAGUAGCCGUCGCGGCAGUUGUAGUUAUCGAAGUCGAUCAUCGCCCGAUGCACAAACAUCAGAUGAAGCUUAUUGUACUCUAUCAACCCAUCGUAGUGGUUUUCAAAAGAAAAUUAAAACAAAAGAUUUAAAACGUAAAGGAUCAACAAGUGGUAGUAGUAGUUUAUCGACAGCUGCUCCUAAUUGUACAUCAUCGCCAUUAUUAACAAUAUCGAUUGAUGAUAUUUAUACAACAUUGGAUCGUGCACAAAUCGCAUUUAAAAUGGACGAUGAUCCUGUUAAAGAAGAUAUUGGUCGUUUACGUGAAAUAGCUCAACAAGGUCCAUUUCAACAUAGUCUAAAUUUAUUACCUAUUGUAGCACAUUCAAAUGAUCAUUCGAUGGACUUAUUUCACGAAAUAAUACUUAAUAGUAGUGAGAAUGGUGAAAGAAAUUUUAAACAAAUGGUUGAAGAAUUUAUUCAAAUCAUCGAAAGAAAAUUGAUCGAUGCAGAAUUUCAAAUGUUUGAUGCAGCUACAAUCAGAUCAUCAUCUCCAUCUUUAUUCGAUAUGCUAAAUGAUCUUAAAACAUGUUUAACAAUAUUACGUCGAACAGAAAUGCAAAGUCUUUUAACUGUAUUUGAUAAUAUUCUCAAGUUACGUCUCUAUCCAUCAGCAUUACCAGACAGUCAAGAAAUACGAAUUAAUCAUAAUGAAAAUAUGCCUGAAAAAUUAAAAAAUUCUGAAACUACAGAAGAAUUAUUAAAACUAUCACAAUAUGCCAUUGAUGAAUUGAAAAUUGUUAAAAUCGAAAAAAAUCAUGAACCAUUAGGUUUAACAAUAACACGUGCCGACUCAGGUACAAUACAUAUUGCACGAAUCAUUGUUGGUGGCAUGGCAGCAAAUACACAACUUUUUCAAGUAAAUGAUCGUGUACUUGAAAUCAACGAUGAACCAAUAACUGGUCGUUCACUGGAUUAUGUUUGUUCAUUAAUGUCUCACACAACUGGUUUAAUUAAAUUUCUACUUGCACCACCUUUACUUUCAUCUGGAAUUCAUAAUCAUAUGAAUCACAUGUCGCAACAAACAUUUUUUGUUCGUGCAUUAUAUGCCUAUGAUCCCUAUAAUGAUCCUUUACUACCUUGCAAAGAACUUGGCUUAUCAUUUCAACGUGGCGAUAUUUUACGUAUAGUUGCACGUGAUGAAAACUUCAUUAAAAUCAAUGAUUCUUACGUUAGCUGGUGGCAAGCCUAUUGUGAAAAUUCGAUGGAAACAGAUACAGAUCCAUGUUUAGCAGGUCUAAUACCGUCGGAUAGUUUACAACAGAAACGUAUUGCUUUAAUAAAAGCUCUUAGUGAUGAGACAGAAUCAGUAUCAUCAUUUUCGUCGACAUUAAGAUUUCAUCAUAAAAAUUCUAAGAAGAAGAAAAAGAAAAGUUGUGUUACUUGUAUGCCAAAAAAACAUAAAUCUAAUUUAACUUCUGUUUAUAACAACGAAACAUUUAUACGUGAUACGGAUGAAUCAGAAACAGCAACCAUUCGUACAUCGACAAAUCAUUUUUCAUUAACAGAUACGAGACAAAUGGGUGCAGAACAACCACCGUCACAUGCAAUAGCUACAAGUUUAGAUACUAAUAAAGAUUCAAAUAGUGAUUCAUUAAUGAUGAGUUCAUUUCGUUUCUAUGAUCCAGUUUUUCGUCUCGAUCUGACGAAAUUAAAAGUAACACGACCCAUUAUUUUAUUAGGUGCUCCUAAUGUUGGUCGACAUGAAUUACGUCGUCGACUUCUUCAAACAGAACCGAAUCUAUUCGAUGUUGCUAUUCCUCAUACAACACGUGCUCGUCGUCUACAUGAAAUACCCGAUAUCGAUUAUCAUUUUGUAUCAGAAGCUGAUUUUCUAGCAAAAGUAGCUUGUCAUUCAUUUGUUGAAUUCGGUCAAUAUGAUCGAGAUCUAUAUGGAACAUCGAUUGAAGACAUUCGACAUGUUGUUUCGAGAAAACGAAAAAUUUGUAUAUUAAAUUUAAAUCCAGAUGCAAUACGAACAUUUGACAAAACAGAUCUCUAUCCAUAUAUUAUUUGUAUUGCAGCACCUUCAUUUGAACGUUUAAAACGUUUAGAUCUUGAUCGACGUGAUCAUUUAACUGAAAAUGAUUAUCGAGAAAUCAUACGACAAAGUCGAUCGCUUGAACGGCAUCAUUGUUUACUAUUUGAUUAUGUUAUAAUUAAUAACGAUAUUGAUCGUACAUACACUGAACUACGUGAUAUUAUAGUACGUAUGCAACAUGAUGAUCAACAGUGGGUACGAACAUGUUAUCGACGGUCGUAA